CGAUAAUUUAUCGGCACACCUCACAGUGUUAUCAACAUUUGUUACCGCUCUUAUCCGUUUAAUCAUUCUUUGUCAAGCGUUUUAGAAUUUCUGAAAAAGGAUUCGGUUUUUAAAAAAUAUAUUUGCGUUUUUUUACAAUCGGUAGGUACUCCUAAAGUAUCAGUCGUGUUAUUUCUUAACCUGGAAUACAUCAGUCUCUCAAACGUUUAUAAAAUCGUACAAACUAGAAAAUUGCAUUACAAAUAAUAACAAAAAAGGACAUACAUUUUUUUGAACAUAUUUACAAAGCAAAUAGCAACCCCACAUUAACCUCGCAAUUUGGAAUCGGAAUAAACAACAAGGAUGCCUGAUACGAAGCAGAUAAUAAGUUUUCUGAUGAUUGGGCUUGCAGGCAUAGACGUGCUAUUCUGCAUCCUAGCUUUGGCCCUCAACACGUGGCUGGAUUACUAUGGAUUUUCUUCAGGUCUAUGGAAAGUCUGCAUUGUGGGUCAAUGUGUUUCAAUCGACGAUUUCGGUGUUAUUGAAGGGUGGCUGAACGAAGUGCGAGUCUUCGCUUUCCUAGGUCUCUUCUGGAUGAUUAUUACAACGGUCGCAGCUGUUCUCCGGACAUUCUUACUGAAGGACAAGAUAAUAAUACUCUACUUAAUUAUUGGGUUGUCUGCUGUCUCUGGCCUGUGUAUGAUGAUUGCGUUUGCUGUGUACACCAACAACACUACCCAUAAGUACGGUGCGGGAUUCGCUCUGUGUAUCCUUGCCUGGAUUCUCGGCUGGACGGUGGCGGGUCUCGGUUGCUUUCUCCUGAUUCUGAACCGGAACACAAGCUAAACGUGCACGUGACAGCUUGGGCAGAGACAAAAGUGUGACUGAUUACAGAUUGUAUUCCCCAGUAUACUAUAUGUUCUUAUUGUGCAUUCCAAGGCGUAAAAGCUACGCUGGUAAAACACAUGCAGCACAGCAACAGUAUUUGAAUAACAAUAUCAUAUUUCAUUUGUGAUGGAAACAACAACGCAUGAUACUUUUUUCGUUUAAAUGCAUGACGAAUGCUCUGCUCAAGGAACAGUUUAAUUGUAUGAUUACGUAAUAAAUAAUUAUCAUUUAUAAAAAAGUAAGUAUGUUUAAACCCUUUGUAGACAGUUUGUACCAUGUAGAAAAAUGUGUCAACUUUAUCUAUGUCUCAUUAAAGCACAUUAUAUACA